GUCACAUCCUCUUUCCAGGGUCACCUGUUGAGCUCAGUAGAUUUUAAAAUCCCUGCUGCUGACAGGAUGUGCGCGGAAAUUAUACGCAUUCUAUUUUUUUAUUUGACUUGCUGAGCAGGUUGUGUAACAGUACUCUGUUUUAACCUUUUAUGUCGCAGCUGUGGUGGGUGCUACGUCGCUCCUGAUUAGCAUGCUGACAUGUUGGCAGGUGGCUUAGAUAACGGGGUGACUACGUAUGAGUGCUCAGAGAGAGAGAGAGAGAAGGAGAGAGGGGGGAGCAAUGAAAGCUAGGACCUGCUGUUUGUAAAGUGGAAAACAGCAAGAAAACCAAGCGACUAGACCAGCGCAGACACUGUGGAAUGAGGGACUCUACAACAAAAGCUAUGGCUGGACCAAGGCCUGUGGUGCUUAGCGGCCCGUCCGGGGCAGGGAAGAGCACUCUGCUAAAGAAACUCAUGAAGGAAUACGACAGUGUCUUUGGCUUCAGCGUCUCCCACACAACAAGAAAACCUCGACCUGGGGAAGAGAAUGGCAAAGGUACAGAAUGUUCCUCCUCUUUCGUGACCAAGCUAAUGGCUCAUUUUUUAAUUUCCAGUCAGCAGUUUUGUCAUUUUUUUUUUCCUUCUGUACAUACGUUUCCUUAUUUUGGGGUUUCAGAUUACCACUACGUUACACGGGAGGCGAUGCAGGCAGGCAUCGACAAGGGUGAUUUCAUCGAGAGCGCAGAGUUUUCCGGGAACAUGUACGGGACGAGUAAAGCCGCUGUGCAAGACGUCCAGGCCAAGAACCUCAUCUGUAUACUUGACAUUGACAUGCAGGGUGUGAGGAACAUCAAAGAGACAGACCUCAGUCCCAUCUACAUCUCCAUCCAGCCACCAUCCAUGGAAGUCCUGGAAAAACGUUUAAGAGACAGAAAAACAGAGUCAGAGGAGAGCCUCCAGAAGCGUUUACAUGCAGCCAAGGUGGACAUGGAAUUUAGUAAAGAACCUGGUGUAUUUGAUGUUGUAAUUGUCAAUGAUAAUUUGGAUGAAGCUUACGGGCAGUUAAAACACACUCUUCUUGAGGAAAUUACUAAGGUCAAGAAGAUCAACAUGUCUUCGUAGGAGACAGCAGCAUCCUGGCACCUUUUUAGUCCCAUCCAGCCACUCCUCACAGAACUGCAGACCUCCAUUCCAGUUGUGUACAUUCCCUCAGGUGGUGGUCUGUAUGAAGGUUUUACAUAGUGUUUAGAAUUACAUGGUAACAUACUUUUUAUAUUUUUAUUUUCAGUUAUAUGAAAAAAAGAUACUCCAAUAAUCCGUACUUGAUAUAUGACUGGCAUGGUAGGGUGUUUUCUGUUGAAUAGGAUUUAUGGUGUGCAGCUUGGUCCUCUCACCAGCGUGGACUAACACAAACAGGUAGUAACCUAAUUCAUUCCAUCUUGUGGAUAAAUUGGUUUGUCAAAGGUAUGAAAAAGCACAUAACUUGGUUAGUGGCAGCAAGUUAUACUACCCUUACCACUUCAUGGUUUCUUGGGCAAACAGUUAUACUGUGUUUAUAAUGAAAGAUUUGCAGAGAGAGUAAAAUGUCCUGGUGACAGAUAUAGUGAGAGUUUGAUAUCAGCACUCUGCCCUCUGUGCACAUUUAGUUCAGGAGGGAAACUUCAGCAUCAUAAGUAAUCUCUGGAAAACAUGGCGGCUGUUUACUUACAAGGGAUACAUGCAAGUCAAUUGUGCUGUUAAAAUAAUGAAACUAUUCCAGUGCUGGUUAAUGCUUUUACUCUACAGAAUUUUUUUGUAAAUUGCCACAUAAUGUGCUAACUCCAUUAAAGCUUGGUUUGCUGGAUAAGGAUAAAUACUGAUGUGCUCUAGAAGGAUUUAAUGAUAGAGUUAGAAAAUGUGGCUUAGAAUAAAAAACAAUAGUACAUCUAAUGUCACUUUAGAAUGAAGCUUUUUAUUUUUGGGGGGGCUACGACAGAACAGUUUUAACUGUUUAUUUUACAGUUGUAAAUUUGUAAAACUUUUAUAUUGUUAACUUAAUCACUCUGCAGCUUCAGCUGUAGAGUAAAACAACAUUCAGUGGACUGUUUUGAUUCCUAAGAAAAGGAGAGCUUUUUAACUUUGAAGUCAGAUUAAUUGGCAUGUUUAUCUUUUUUUAUAUUGCUUAGACUUGAGCACACGACAAAUCUCCUUUUACUUGAAAGCUAAAAAGACAUUUAUAAACCAUUUGUAAAUUGACACAUUUUUUAAUUGUCAAAUUUUUCAACUUCAUGGAUAUUUAAAAUACCCAGACAAUUAUAUUCAGGCACCUUGUAACACCCAUUCCUUUGUGCAGAUAAUUGUGUGCUCCUGAUAUAACUGUUUAUUCUUCAUUUGAUUAAAUGUGCAAAUGUUACAUCAUAUUCAUUGAGAUGCAUGCAGUCCUCUGGUUUGCCAUUCAGACUUAACCAGCUAUUACAAUAUUAGGCUUGUUGUGUAAAAAUAUGUCAUUAUGUAUUUCCAACGUCUAGCAGUAAAACUAUGUUACCUGUUGAAACUCCAAUAAAUAUGUUACAGUA